CUCGGGCUCCCGCGUCGCUGCCGCCCCCCGCCGCCGGUGCGGCCGCCGCCGAGCCCCCCGCCCCGCCGGCGCUUGCCAUGAGUUCCCGGAAAGUGCUGGCCAUUCAGGCCCGAAAACGGAGGCCGAAAAGAGAGAAACAUCCGAAAAAGCCGGAGCCUCAGCCCAAAGCUCCUUUAGUUCCUCCGCCGCCGCCUCCUCCGCCGCCGCCUCCACCUCUGCCAGACCCCACGCCCCCAGAGCCGGAGGAGGAGAUCCUGGGAUCAGAUGAUGAGGAGCAAGAGGACCCCGCAGACUACUGCAAAGGCGGCUAUCACCCAGUGAAGAUCGGAGACCUCUUCAAUGGCCGGUACCACGUUAUCAGGAAGCUAGGAUGGGGACACUUCUCUACCGUGUGGCUGUGCUGGGACAUGCAGGGGAAAAGAUUUGUGGCCAUGAAAGUUGUAAAAAGUGCUCAGCAUUAUACAGAAACAGCCUUGGAUGAAAUAAAAUUGCUCAAAUGUGUUCGAGAAAGCGAUCCCAAUGACCCGAACAAAGACAUGGUUGUCCAGCUCAUCGAUGACUUCAAGAUUUCAGGCAUGAAUGGAAUACAUGUCUGCAUGGUCUUUGAGGUGCUUGGGCACCAUCUCCUCAAGUGGAUCAUUAAGUCCAACUACCAAGGCCUCCCCGUGCGCUGUGUCAAGAGCAUCAUCCGGCAGGUCCUUCAAGGCUUGGACUAUCUACACAGUAAAUGCAAGAUCAUCCACACGGACAUAAAGCCAGAGAACAUCCUCAUGUGUGUGGAUGACACCUACGUGAGAAGAAUGGCCGCCGAGGCCACCGAGUGGCAGAAAGCUGGCGCCCCUCCCCCUUCGGGGUCUGCAGUGAGUACGGCUCCUCAACAAAAACCUAUAGGAAAAAUAUCUAAAAACAAAAAGAAAAAGCUGAAAAAGAAGCAGAAGAGGCAGGCAGAAUUAUUGGAAAAACGCCUGCAGGAGAUAGAAGAAUUGGAGCGAGAAGCUGAAAGGAAAAUAAUAGAAGAAAACAUCAGCUCAAGCGCGCCUUGCAAUGAGCAAGAUGGCGAAUACCACUCAGAGGUGAAGCUGAAGGCGGCAGGGCUGGAGGAGGCCGCCGAGGAGGAGACGGCCAAAGACAGCGGUGAAGCUGAGGACCAGGACGAGAAAGAAGAUACCGAGAAGGAAAACAUUGAGAAGGAUGAAGAUGAUGUUGAACGGGAACUUGCAAACAUAGACCCCCCUUGGAUAGAGUCUCCCCAAACCAACGGCCAUAUAGAGAACGGCCCAUUCUCACUGGAGCAGCAGCUGGAGGAGGAGGAAGAUGAGGAAGAUGACUGCCCGAAUCCUGAGGAGUAUAACCCUGAGGAGCCAAAUGCAGAAAGCGAUUACACGUAUAGCAGUUCCUAUGAACAGUUCAAUGGUGAAUUACCAAACGGACGACAUAAAAUUCCCGAGUCCCAGUUUGCUGAGUUUUCUACUUCCUUGUUCUCGGGGUCCUUAGAACCUGUGGCCUGUGGCUCGGUGCUGUCCGAGGGGUCACCGCUGACCGAGCCUGAGGAAAGCAGUCCGUCCCAUGACAGAAGCAGGACCGUGUCCGCCUCCAGCACCGGGGAUUUGCCCAAAACGAAAACCCGGGCAGCCGACUUGUUGGUGAACCCCCUGGAUCCGCGGAACGCAGAUAAAAUUAGAGUAAAAAUCGCUGACCUGGGAAAUGCUUGCUGGGUGCACAAACACUUCACGGAAGACAUCCAGACGCGGCAGUACAGGUCCAUAGAGGUCUUGAUAGGAGCAGGUUACAGUACACCUGCUGACAUUUGGAGCACAGCGUGCAUGGCGUUUGAGCUGGCCACGGGAGAUUACCUGUUCGAACCGCAUUCUGGGGAGGAUUAUUCAAGAGACGAAGACCACAUAGCCCACAUCAUAGAGCUGCUAGGCAGUAUCCCACGGCACUUUGCCCUGUCUGGAAAGUACUCUCGGGAGUUCUUCAAUCGCAGAGAUCACAUAGCACUGAUCAUUGAACUGCUGGGGAAAGUCCCUCGAAAAUACGCUAUGUUGGGGAAGUACUCCAAGGAAUUUUUCACCAGAAAAGGAGAGCUGCGGCACAUCACCAAGCUGAAGCCCUGGAGCCUGUUCGACGUGCUCGUGGAGAAGUACGGCUGGCCCCAUGAGGACGCUGCGCAGUUCACGGAUUUCCUGAUCCCCAUGUUAGAGAUGGUUCCGGAGAAGCGAGCCUCUGCCGGCGAAUGCCUCCGGCAUCCCUGGUUGAAUUCUUAGCAGAUUCUACAAAUAGAGCGUUCUGAGCUAGCCAAUGUUUUCCAGGACAUUGGACCGAAACGGUGACUCUCAUUCUUUAACAGGAUUACAAGUGAGCUGGCUUCAUCCUCAGACCUUUGUUUUGCUUCGAGGUACUGUUGUUUGACAUUCUGCUUUCUGUGCACUGUGAUCCUGGGGAAGGGUAGUCUUCUGUCUUCAGCUAAGUAGUUCACUGACCAUUUUCUUCUGGAAACAAUAACAUGUCCAAGCAUUGUUUCUUGUGUUGUGUGACAUUCAAAUGUCAGUUUUUUUGAACGAAAAAUACUUUCCCCUUUGUGUUUUGGCAGGUUUUGUAACUAUUUAUGAAGAAAUAUUUUAGCUGAGUACUAUAUAAUUUUACAAUCUUAAGACAUUAUCAAGUUGGAACCAAGUAGCAGCAAGGAAAUGUACAAUGUUUUCUUCUGGCAGAGGGACAUCCUUCCUGUAUUAUAGUGUGUGUAAAUGCACUCUGUAAAUGUUGAUUGCCAUUAAAUACGGGGUGGGGACUCAGAAAAGCCGCAGGUCCUGAGUGCUUCAGAGCCUGAGCUGCAUGGAGCAGAUUUGAUCUGCUCCAAGGAAUGGUGCAGAUUUUUCAUUCCGUAAAAGUCCUUUUUUAUGUUGAAUUUAAAACCAAGUGGCUCUGGAUUACAAGUUGUCAUUCCCAAUACGGCGCUUUAAGGAAGGCAAAGGCGUGCUUCUCAGCCGGAAAUACGCGUUCUGACCGAGCAGUUCCAUUUGUAUUUUUGCAUAUUCCUAAAAGUACUUGGGGAGGAAAAGGUUGGCCUCCCUUUACAAAUGUGAUGACCCGGGACCACGUGGUGUUGCCUCCGCCAAGCACUGUUACGUUAGAAACAUAGAUUGAAUGGGGCAAGAAUUCAGUGUGUGGAACGAAGCAAACAAAACAGCCAUGUUUUUUGGAAAAGCAUGACCGUGUUUGUCUAGAACACGAGGUGUGGAUUUUCAUCCUUCGCAGUGCAGUGGGCAGAAUCUCCUCACAGGUAACAGUGACCCCUCAUUCCACGGGCAGCGUCGUGUGUGGCUGUAAGCGAUUGUACCUGCUUGCUCAUUGCCUUGCCCUGAAUUGGAGUUGAGAAAAUGAUUUUCCCCUUGUAGGUUGCACAGUUUUGUUAAUGCAUUUCCUCAAAAUUGUAGAAACCAGGACACAAACCAUAGUAGGCAAUACAAUUUUAGAAUGUAAUAUAUAGAGAGGUGUACUUAGCCUCUUUUAGAAGUCAGUGGAUUGGAUGUCUUUUUAUUUCAAAUUCUACAUUCUUAAGGUGCCUCGUUUUUCUUGACUUUGUCUAUUAACAUUUAUCCAUAUGCCUUUGCAAUAACUAGAUUGUGGAAAGCUAACAAGUGUUGUAACAAUAACCCAUUGUUUGAGGUGCUUGCAGUUUAAAAAUUAAAGUGUUUUGGUUUUUUUUUCA